CGCUGCAUGGAGAGGCUGAGGAGCAGCCGGGCGAAGCUGCUGGACCGGUACCGCCAGGCCGGGGAGAGAGCGUGUGGCCCGGCCACGGGCGCGCUGCUGGUGCGGGAGGUGAUGGAGCAGGAGUGGCAGGGGGGGCUGGGGGCCCCAACCCGGCGCAGGUCAAUGCUAGAGGACCCUGAUGAGCUAGCAGUACUGGAAGAGAUCCAACAGGAAUUGAUCUUGCAAGAACAGUCAGUUAUAGAAGAGUACGAGCGAAGUCUGCAGUUUGAUGAAGAAUGUCUCAACGCGAUGCUUGAUGGCUUGGAUGCCAGCGACAAGGUCAUCUGCCCGGUGUGUAGAAAAAAUAACCUGACUGUGAGGAAUCACUUGGUUUUUUGCCAGUGUGGAUUAUACAUCAGCACGCAGGGUAUGACAGAAGGGAAGCUUCGGUCGCUUCUAGAAAACAGUGUAACAGAGCACAGCCUGAGGUGCUUUCACAACCCGGAGUUCACAGUUACCAGCGGAAUGGAGGAAGAAGCCAGUCUUCUCAUGAGCUGCCCGGUCUGCAACUCCUGGACGAUUCUCCUGUAA